AGUAACAACACAAUCAAAUGUCGGUCUGUGGUGGACCCUCCUCUCCUCUCAUGAAAUGUAUCACACCAAACGAACCAAACACUUCCCCGGUCCGAACAGACGUGCGGUCAAAAUACUCAUCAUACCUCAAGUACUACACAUCCGCUUGUCAACUCGACCCUGACCUCAAGAACUUUGAUUCUUCACAUUACGAGCGAAUCGCCAGUGUCAUAAAUACGCUAGCUGAUCAAGCGGCAAAGUCUCAAUCAAUAUCCCAAGGCUCACUCAUGGAUGCGUACGAGUGUCUACUUGACCUAAACAGAGAUGUAGUAAUGAAGAUCAUCGAUAGCAAAGAAGAUGUGAGGAAGAACAAAGACCUGAGAUCUUUGGUUCAUCUCUACUUCAAAAACUCCUCCAAGACCUUAGAUCUCUGCAACACCAUCGAGAACUGCGUCAAGAGAGCAGAAAACAGCCAGCGUAUCAUCCGACAAGCAGUGAAUCAGUUCGAGGAUGAAUCUGUGGGCGCCGAAAGUAAAAAGAACAAGUACGCAAAAACCUUGGAGGAGCUGAAUAAGUUCAAAGCCAUGGGAGAUCCUUUUGACGGAGAGUUCUUGACUCAGUACGAGUCUGUGUACGAGGAGAAGGUUCUGCUUCUGAAUAAAUUGUCUAAGCUGAGAGCAAAACUCGAUAAGAAAGAGAGGAAUGUAAAGAUAUGGAGGAGACUUUCCAAUAUUGUUUUCAUAAGUGCGUUUGCCUCCCUUCUUCUCUUAUCUGUGUUAGCAGCAGCACUGACCGCACCGCUAGUGUUGACUGCGGUUGUCGCUGGAUUAUCCAGACCGAUUGAGAUUGUCGGAGAAUGGUGUAACGAGAUGUGGAAAAAUUACGAAAAGGGUGUCAAGAGUCAGAGGGCGUCGGUUUCAACGGUGGAGAAUGAUACGAAAGAUGAUAAAAUAGCAACGGAGACCAUAAGAGAAGAAGUUGAAAAGGUGAGAAAAAGGAUCUCGGAUAUACUGGAGAGUGUUGAGUUUGCUGUGGAGAGAGAAGAGGAUGAGUUGGCGACGAGACUUGCGAUGCAAGCAAUCAAGAAAAAGAUAGAUGGGCUUACGGAUGAAAUCAAGGAAGUUGGUCAACAUGCGGCUAUGUUUCGCGACGGUGUUGCUUUGGGGAGACUUGUGGUUCUCACUCACUUCUUUAGCUUACCCAACUCCAGGAAUGGGAUCUUCCAUAAAAUCACCAGUGGCAUAUCAAAGUUCUGGAGCAGGUUGUUCACUAAACCCUAGGGCUUUUAAGUUGGGCUUCUAUCAUUUGUUAUGGGCUUUUGUGCGUGCCUUUUCAGGCCCACCAUUGAUUGCCCAUUCGAAAGCACUGAUUUUCUUUUAAGAAAAGAAGACAUGUGUGUGUGUGUGUUUUUGUUGCAUUCUCUUGCAUUUUAAUUUGAUAUUGUACCAUGAAACUUUCAAUUCAAGAAGAUAUGUCAUCUUGUUUUUAUUCAUUUUUAU